CGGAAAAGUAGUCGGAGCUGAACUUUUUUUGGCAGUGUAAAAACAGGAUACAGAAAAGGACAUCUUUGACACCUCAAAAUGAUGGAAUUACUUCCUUACGAUGACCCCCGCGAAGGAUCGGCCCGUCUCCGAAUGGCAAUCGACAAAGAGCUUUUCAUUUCCCGCUGCAAAAACCGACUGAAAGGCAAAAAGAAACUUCUCAAAUACCUCCCGGAGCGGUCCAGUUUCCUAUACGAAUUUCUGGGCCUUCAGUCGGCGUGCGGCAGUUUGCCCCUGCGGACCAAUGUCUACAAGGAUUUCCUAGGCGGAACGGACCGGACGGAGGAACUCAAGAACAAGGUCAUCAGCUCGAUGAUUCCGGACGAGGUGCUGUGCAGUGCGGGCGAUUACAGGCCUCGGAAGUUCAUGACUGCGAUGCUGUUCGCCGAUGUUUCAGGGUUCACGGAUCUCUCGGAGAAGUUCAACCAACCGGGUAAAGGAGGAGCUUCCAAACUAUCCCAGGUGCUCAACGCAUACCUUGGUGCCAUGGUACAGGAGAUCCUUUCGCACGGUGGGGACAUCCUGAAGUUCUCCGGCGAUGCCUUCCUGGUGUUGUUCAAGGAGACGUCAUCGGUCUCGCUGCAGGACGCCACGCACCGUGCCAUCGAUACGGCCAUCAUCAUCCAGCGAUCGUUUGGUGCCUACAAAACCGAAGUGGGCGUCACGCUGCGAGUGAAGAUAGCCAUUUCGGCCGGGGAAGUUUACUUUUCGCUGAUUGGGUCGGAAGGGUUUUCCCACUACGUGGUGAUUGGGCAACCGGUGUGGAAAGUGAAGAUUGCAGAAAAGGUAGCCGAACCCGGCGAUAUCAUUGUGAAUCAUUUAGCAUGGAACUACAUACAUCCGAAUGAGUAUAUCUCCGAGCAAUGUGAUGAUAAGGUGCAUUUUAGAAUUAAAGGGUUCACGAGUAACUGGCGAUCGGCGCAGCGGUUGAACAUCUUCGAUCUGUUGCACGAAAACGAAUUGGACGACGAUGACGAUUCGAGAAUUGUGGCUGGUGAAGAAAUGAAGCUAGACAGUGAAACUUUAGGGAUUCGUCCAAGUUUGAAACAUGUUGCCACAAAAACUCUCACCACCUCUCUGAGAAGGUUCAUGAUUAAACCUAUUCUAAAUGCCAUCGACACUCAAGAACCGUUGGAGUUCUUGACAGAAAUGCGACAAAUUGUGACCGUUUUUCUAAACAUUGUAUUGAAGACGAAAGACAUGCUGGUGGUCAUUGAAGAAAUCAACUCAAUAUUUACUUCACUGUGCACCCUCGUUGAAAGCUAUGAAGGAACCGUCAACAAGGUAUCUCUAUUCGACAAGGAUGUUAUGUUCCUGAUAAUUUUCGGCUUACGAGGUUACAAGCACGAUCUGGACAGUCAGAUAGCCUUGCGGUGUGCGUCGGAAAUCCGCGAGUUAUAUCGUAGCAAUCCCAAGGUUUUGUCCGCAUCGAUUGGAGUCACGACGGGAACAACCUACUGCGGAGUGGUGGGACAUUUCGUUCGUCGGGAGUACUCAGUUAUUAGCGUUACGGUUAACAAGGCGGCCCGAUUGAUGAUGGCCUAUCCCAAUAAGGUCACUUGCGAUAAGGAUACGUUCAUGAUGAGUAAGCUGGAUCCGAUGCAUUUUUUGCUGCAGGAAGCAAUUGAACUGAAAGGGCUGCAGAAUGUGGGCACGAUAUACGAGUUCAAGGAAAUCCUUGCCGAGAGGGAAAUGGUCAAACCAAAUGAAUAUGACUACCCGAUAAUAGGAAGAGAUGAAAUCUUGGAAGUUUUCCAAGAAAUGCUGGACGAUGGACUGUAUCUCACUCAGAACAUGAACUCAGAUGACAUAAGUAGAAUCCAAGAUUAUACCAACCAAAGUUGUUUGCUGCUCAGGGGUGAAGCUCAGAUGGGGAAGACGCGUCUUCUGAAUGAGUUAUUUCACAUCUCGUUGAAGAACAAGAAAAUUAGUUCGCUAAGAUUGACGCUUUCGAUGCGGGAUCUUAAGAAAGCAUAUUCCGCCGCCUAUCUGUACCUUUCGCGCCCGCUUGGAUUCACCGAAACCAUCACCAGCAUCACGCGGGAGAAUCGCAUCAAGCAGUAUCUGAGCGAAUACAAUCUCAACUCCUACCUUGCUCUCCUGAACGACAUUCUGGAUGUGGAAUUCCCGAAAACGGAACUUCUUCGAAUGAUGAACGAUGCCGAGCAGAAUGAAAUGAAACGCAAGUUAUUCGACCUGCUGUGUCAGAAGGCAUUUCAAAACCUCUGGGUACUGAUCAUCGACGAUUUGGAAUUCAUGGAUGACGAAUCGUUGGAGCUGUUCGAAAUCCUUUGGAGGAUGCCACAGGUCAUCACGGUGCUGGCACUAGGCUAUCGCCGCCGGUUGGCGCCCCCGUUCAAGAGAUUUUUCGACAAUCCUCACGUGUGUCAACUAAAGCUGACACCGAUCGAUACGUUGCUCCACAAGGCUGUCGCGUGUCAGUUUUUGAACGUGAACGCUAUUCCGUUGGAUUUGGAACGGGCAAUCCACACCAUGAGCAGUGGCAAUCCUGGAUGGAUGAACACGUUCGUAAUGUCCCUAAAACAAAGCGGACUGUUGCGGAUAACUCGUAUGGGAUCGAUUGAAGCGCAAGCCAAGGGAUAUGUCUUUUGCGAGUCGUCGUUCCUAAUUCGAAGUAGCGCACGAUCCACUAUUUCGUUUCGGCUGAGUGGAGGCGAUUGGGAUCUGUUUGAAACCUGCUCCGACGAUGAUCAAAUGUUUCCCUUUGUUCAAGCGAACUUUUCCAGCAAGUUGGUGGACGUUGCCUGUCUGAAAGGGGAAAUCGAUACCCAAAACUAUUUCCCCUCGUCCUGUUUGGAUGCGUUCCAUCUGAUGUUGUACGAUUCACUUUCUUCGUACGAACAAUACGUAUGCAAAUGUGCCGCCGUUUUGGGCGAGAAGUUUCUCAGAGUAGCGUUGAUCUUUGUCAUCGCACAGGAUAACGAACGGGACGUUGCUAUUGCUGUUCAGAAAUUGUUUGACCUUCAAAUAUUGUCCUGCGCUAUUGGAGAUUUUUCCUCUGGAUUCAGUCUGUUUCAGCGGAACGUUAAUACUGAAAACUUGAAGAAGAGAACCUGUGGUUGCAUCAAAGUUCCAGUCACAAGAGCCUGUCGUGAUCUGCCUCGCUAUGCAGCAUGUGGAUAUUCCAAAUUCAAUUCUAAUCUAUUCCGCCAGACGGUGUACAAUUUGCUCACCGAGGAGCAGAAAAUCGAGUUCCACAGUCGAGCGCUAACGUUUAUCGAACGUGAAACGAAGAAAUGUGCUACUUGCGGAGGCGGACCAUUCAGCAAUCUGAUUUCCAGCGACGAUCAAUUCGAUGUGCUAAUGGGAUUCAAAAGGAGGCGAGAAUCCGACAUUUCGCAUCGGAAUCUACUGUUCAGAAGCGGAGCUAGUGGAUUUUCAGUACAUUCGGACAAACGUUCAAUGUUGCUCAACUGCUUCAGUGCCCCAAAACCAUCUCCGUUUGCCGCUAAGAUUCCGAUUCUGAGUUAUCGGGAGUACGACUUUACCAAGUGUCGCUGCUACAUGACUUUGUACUCGAUGUACAAAGAGAUUGUGUACCACAGCAACGGGGCACGGAUGGCCGAGAAACAUAUUGAGGCACAGAUCGAAUGGUCAAACUGCUGCAUGAAGGUUGCCAACAUUCCCAAGGCGAUUCAGAUGUUGGAAAGCGUGCAGCAGCAGAUUAAGGAUAUAGAUAACUUUGAUAACAUAGCCUUCGUGGCAUAUCUGAAAGGUCGGUUGUACACACUGCUGGCGAUGUGCAGAUACGAGUUGAAACAGUACACUCUUGCUACCGAGUAUUUCUACACGGCAUCAGAAGUCAUGGGAAUGCCGUUUCCUAAAUCCACUGUAAUUGCCAAGCUUCAGUUUGAGCUUCUAUUUAGCAAGGUGUGCCGAAUGGUUCGGAGACGGGAACUACAACCGGCGCGGCGUUCGAAACCGCUGUAUUACGUGCUGAUCGCUUCCCAACUGUCUUCCUGCUUCGAUGGAAUGUUUCAACUAUUCCGGCGGCUUUCCCAGUGGAGGCUCGCUCAGCUGGCUGCCGUAUGGAGCUUAAAACAUGCGCUUAAGUAUCGUCGUAACGCUUCUGUGCUGGUUGAAGCGUUUGCAAGCAUGUUUCAAAUUGCUUUUCAUAUGGGAUUUUCCGAUAACAUUACCUGGAUGCAAGAGCGAUCGUUGGAAAUCAUAGCGGAUAAUGUUGACCUCAUCAAUAUGGAUUACAUGAAAGCUGUAGUCAAGUACUACACCGCUUUGAUCAUGUGCCAAACGAUUCGUUCCACGAAGUUGCUUUCAAUCGAACUAGGUCGUGUGGUUUUAAAAAUUACCGAUACGCUGCAGUGCAAAACCAGUGAAUGGCAUAUAAUUCCUGUUUUGGCCGAGCUGUUGAUGUCUCACCGGAAAAUCUCCGAUGCCGUCAGUAUGCUUCGGGACUUUCAAUCGCUAACCGACCGGUAUCAAGAUACCUCCGCCAAAGCGUGGUACUUUUCGAUUGCAAUGGAUAUCAUGCUGGAUACAAGUUGCUGCGUCGAAACGUACAAAGAUUGCGAGAGCUUCUUCCUGAAGAACUGUGAAGCCCUUGGGUAUCAACGGGAUGCGUAUGUCGUGACGAGGUUAUUUGCCAAUUUGUGGCUUUGGUGCGUACGGAAUGGAGCUUGGGAAACGGCGGAUACCUGGAUGAAUAAGUUGCAGGAAGUUUUCGUGCUGACUCCGCAUGAUUCGAUGAUAAACGUCCAUACGGCACUACGGCUGCUGGAGGGACUGGUGCUUACCUUGGUCAAUAAGAUUGAAGCGAGAAGUAUUUUGGCGAUCGUCCGAUUGCAAAACGAAAUCGAGCGUCUGUGUGAUAAUAUUGAAGAUGCCCUGGCAAUUAGCAGAAGUCAUGAGGCGAAGUUCAAACUAUGCAAAAUAUAUUACAAGAAAGUUGUGGAUGGCAGGUACAACGCUAUUGGAAAACUUAGGAAGCUUCGGAAGCUGGCACUCGCUCGAAAAGAUUUACUCUGUGCCGAGAAGACCUUACACACCAUUCAGUACUGGCGCUGUGAGUUGCCUCCCAAGCUUGAAUCGUUUUGGUUGGAUCACUGCUCCAGCGUGAUAAACGAAAGCGAGGUGGAUGGAAGUGAACCCCUUGAUCGAUUUACUCCAAGCCGUUACGAUUACACCAGCUGUGUUUUGAAUGCCGAAAGGAUUUAUCCAUUUUCGUUGCCACUGCCAAGGGCUAGGUAUUUUUAAACGAGCUUUGUUAUCCAAAUUGUGUGCUAUUUGCAAAACGUACAAGAAUAUCACGUGUUAAACCUUGAGGUUGUUUGAAGGGCUUAUUUUGCGUCAUACAAAUAUAUUAGAAUGUAUCUUGUUUUGCGUCAAUCGGA